CAUGUCAGCGCAGUCAGCUUGCAGCGGGCUGUGAGGGAGAGUGCCUUUGUCCUAAGAAAUGUGCUUUGUGUUUUUUUUUUACUGCUUUCUUUUUAAACCCUCAAGACAAGCUUUGGAAGACUGCUGAAGUGAUUUUUUAAAGCCGAGUAGAGGACGAAACACAGACACUGCCUUCCAGUAAGCCCUGGACGGGUUUUGUUUGAGUCUGAUUUUUUUUUUGUGUGUGUGUCUGUGUGUGAUCUUUCUUUUUUUUUAAAAAACAAAAACAAAAACUUUUAUAUACUUUGUGUGACUCUUGUGAGGCUGGGCCUCUAUUUUACUGAAGUUUUAGGAGAGCCUGGAGCUACUCAGCUAAGACUGAAUUUUGAAACUUUCUCUUCGGGAGUGAGAGCAAAGAACUGCCUUUCUUUGCUAGCCGGACAGAUAAAUGCUGUUUAUGAAGAUGGACCUGUUGAACUACCAGUACUUGGACAAGAUGAACAACAACAUCGGGGUUCUGUGCUACGAAGGUGAAGCUUCUCUCAGGGGAGAACCCAGAAUGCAGACCCUCCCGGUGGCUUCUGCCCUCAGCAAUCACCGCACAGGCCCACCCCCCAUCAGCCCCAGCAAGAGGAAAUUCAGCAUGGAACCUGGGGACAAGGACCUCGACUGUGAAAACGAUCACAUCUCCAAGAUGAGCCGCAUCUUCAGCCCCCACCUGAGUAAGACCGUCAACGGAGACUGCCGCCGAGAUCCCCGGGAACGGAGCCGCAGUCCCAUUGAGCGGGCUGCAGCCCCGGCUGUGAGCUUGCAUGGUGGCCACCUGUACGCAUCCCUCCCUGGCCUCAUGGAGCAGCCUCUUGCACUGACUAAGAAUAGUAGUGACACCGGCCGGUCGGCUGUGGAGCGGCAGCAGAACCGGCCCUCCGUGAUCACCUGCGCAUCUGCAGGCGCCCGCAACUGCAACCUCUCUCACUGCCCCAUCGCGCACAGUGGCUGUUCUGCACCUGGGUCUGCCAGUUACCGAAGACCACCCAGUGCAACUGCCACCUGUGACCCUGUGGUGGAGGAGCACUUCCGCCGGAGCCUGGGCAAGAACUACAAGGAACCAGAGCCAGCACCCAACUCGGUGUCUAUCACUGGCUCUGUGGAUGACCACUUUGCCAAAGCACUAGGUGACACAUGGCUUCAGAUCAAAGCGGCCAAGGACAGCGCUUCCAGCAGCCCAGAGUCAGCCUCCCGCCGGGGCCAGCCUGCCAGCCCCACUGCCCACAUGGUCAGCCAUAGUCACUCCCCCUCUGUGGUCUCCUGAAGGGGGCUCCCCCUCCAGCCACACAAGGAUCUGCAUGGUUUGCCUGAGCUUUCAACAGUCAGUGCUUAAAAAAACAAAAAGCAAAAAAAAAAAAAAAAAAAAAAUAGAAAGGAAAAAAAAAUCUUAGGGGGAGGGUGGGAGGUGGUUUAUUCGCAAAACCAUGUUGUCUGGACUUUCGUUCUGCUCUGUUUUGUACUUUUUGGUGUUCGUACAAGGGGUCUCACCAUGGCAACAGGAACAGCAUGGAGCAUCGGUCCAACAGAGCAUCCUUGCUUCCUGUCCUGGUUACCAAAGAAACCUCUGCAGGUCUGCCAACCUGGCAGCCGGGACCCUGCGGCCCUUUCCUAGUCACAAGCCAUGAAGACAUGGGGAUCCGGACGCUUUGUGCUCUUAGCUUUUGAGACUGGGUAUGCACGGCUUGGCUUCCCCCUGGGGUCCAGCUCAGUCCGCGUGUACAUGUGUCUGCCUGAAAAGAACUGUCCUGAUUUGCACUAUGGAGGGCAGGGCUGCCUGUUGGGCGGCUGUCUGCGAUGCCAGCACCAAGGGCAAACUGCUAGGAAACACUUUUGAUCAUGUGUGCUUGCAUUGUUGCUGAACUUAGAAGGUCUCUAGCAGGUUCUAGGUCUUUCUCUCUAGUCUUGAGGUGCUCACAACUGGACUGCAGGUUCCCCCUGACCAUGGGCAUUUACUGUCUCUGAACACUGCAGUUGGUGAGGCUAGUGCAAAGGCUGGAGAACUCCGUAGUGCUUCUGACAUGGUGCAUGUCUUAAUACGAAAAAUAGCUGGUUUCUAUUGACUGUAAGCUCAGACUGUAGCACUGACUGGCUUUUUGGCGGCGGCAUUAGCCUAUCCCGUCAGUUACAGCCCUAGAUACAUUCACUGCUGGUACAGCUGUGCUUCUGAGAGGUGUAGUCGAUGCUCACUUCACUCCGAGAAGGAGUGCACAGCCGGUGGGUGUGGUAGGCUGGGGAGCCCAUUGCUGCUGAUUUUUCUGCAUCCUGGGCAGGGGACUUGAGUUCAUGUCUUUAGACUCCUCGGUGCAGACUGCUCCUUUCCAACUCCUGGCCAAACAGCAGGUGCCUGACAGCCUGCAACAUGGGGCUGCGUUCGCUUCCUCUCAUGCCGGGGCCAAGGCUGUACACAUUCCUCUAUAAUAACUCUACAGUUAUUCCUGCAUCACUAGUGCCCGCUCUAUUAAUAGCUACUAACUAGACAUUAGAAGCGAGCAGGACAGACAUGGCUGGGGAGGCCCCACAGCAGCUGCUCCUUCUGGCCGUGAGCAUUUUCUGUCCCCUGUCCCGGCCCACAAGGAGGGCUAGGACAUCCCCUGGCUAGAACCACCUCCCCAACAAGGCAUUAUUGACUCCUUGCACAGGGGAGCCCACGGGGCUGACUUUCAGUAGGAGGAAAAGAGGUUAGCUGUUGAACUUGGGAAACGGGCGAGGGUGGAAAAGCGGGGACUGAUACCCGAGUUACAGGGUGGCUACCAGCCUUACAAAAGUGCACAGCCCUCCUGCCCCGCACACUCCACUCCACUCUCCUGGGCUUCCAAGCUUGGCAUUCAGGCCCCUAUAUUUUCUGUAGGAAAAAAAGAAUUGUUGAGAACACUUUUUUUAUAUAGGUAAUUUUAAAGACCAUCAUUACGCUGUGCGUAAAGAGUGUACAGAGAAAUUUGUAGGUAUUUUUGAAGAACAAUUAAUUUGUUAAUGAUAUGUAGCUAUUUAAUUUUUCCCCUUUCCUAUCGUAAUCAUUUUUUUGUUGUUGUUUGGGAAAAAAAAGUUGAUCUUUUUUUGUCGUAGGUGUGUCUGUAAUCGUGCAGGUACACAGUUACGCCAUGACAACACUGCGUCCGCAUUCAUAGCCACUAGUUUGUUAUUCUACAGGCUACUGAGGUUGUCACAGGAAAACAACCGCACCGCGGACUGGCUCUGUGGGCAACAGGCCUCAGACACCCGUCAGUGAACGGGUCGUUGCUGUUGGGGUAGGGGUGGCAGUUGGGGUGGCUGGGUCUCUGGGGCACCGACCUAUCUGGAAUAGGCUGUGUCCUGGAGAGGAAUGCCACACGUCAGCUGAGGGGUGCGCCAUCCUGCCUGGGCAGGAGCUUGUGUCUUCCCCAGAACCAAGCCACCCAUGUGUGUGCUGACCCCUCUCUAUGUUUGUAAAUCUGUAAUAUACCAUUCUCUGUGGCCUGUUUUUCCUGGAAGAAGAAAAAAAAAGGUUUG